CUCUCAAGAAGGCAGGAGCACCAGUCCGCGCGCAACCAUCGCAUUAGCUGCACGUAUAUACUUGCGGAUUACACCCGUCGUAUAAUUUUCAUCCGCUAAGCUGCGGAGUGUCAGUAGUGGUAGAGUGCGAGAGUGACCGCCGCGACGGAGACCGUACAAGGAAUGUUGAUGGCGGGCGCUAUGCCGGCCGAGCCCGAGGGGCUACUGUCCCUGGGUAGUUUACCCGGUCAGAAAGACACCACAUGGACCAAACUCUUCGUCGGCGGUCUGCCAUACCAUACCACGGAUAAGAGCUUGCGAGAGCACUUUGCGGUGUACGGAGAUAUCGAGGAGGCGGUAGUGAUCACAGAUAGACAGACUAGCAAAAGUAGAGGAUACGGUUUCGUAAUAAUGGGAGACAGAGCGGCAGCGGAACGUGCCUGUAAAGACCCCAACCCAAUCAUUGACGGAAGAAAAGCCAACGUGAACCUAGCAAUACUCGGAGCGAAGCCUCGAGGGAACUUAGCGCCUGGUUUCGGAUUAGCAGCAGCGGCAGCAGCUGGUGUUCGAGCAGGUUACCCCGCCGUCCUACCCGCACACUACGGACUCUCCCCCGGCUACGUGUAUGGCGCACCAGGAUACGUGGGCGGCGUAGGCGGUGUGGGCGGCGUGGGCAACGGGGCGGGACUGAUGCAGCUGCCGCAGCUCCAGCACGCCGCGGCAGUGGCGGCUGCCAACCACUUAUACGAGUAUCAAGCAGCUGCGCAAGGCGCCUACCAACACCAAUAUGCUACCAUAGAUCCCUACGCCACCGCAGCCGCAGCGGCAGCGGCAGCUAGCGGUGCAGGGUAUAUGUCUCCAUACUACGCUCUGCAGGGUGGUAGUGUCCAAGCACCCCUUCUGCCCCCCCUGUCCUAUCCUCCUCAGCUCCAGGAGGCACGCAUGCAGUGAAAACACAUGUCACAGUGAUGUCGUAGCGUUACCACACACGAGCUAAAAGUAUAUUUUUGACAACUUUAUGAAAAACCAAAUAUUCAAAUACAAAGUUUAAAGUGACCAAAGCUGUAGAAUAAGCCUACGAUGUUAGCCUCGAGUUAACUAAUAUGUAGUACACGUUGAUUACUAAAAAUUAUAUUAUUUUUGAAAACUAAAUGGUAAAAAGAUAACAAUAAGGUGCCUUAGUCAAAGACUUCAAUUGGCCUUUACUAUAGGUACUACAAUAUAAUUAGAAACACAAGAAAUAACUUAAUUAGCCUGCCAGUGUACGUGUAAUAAUACUAUGUGAAGUAAAUUAAUAAAAAAUAUUUUUUACGUAUUAAUUUGUACUUAUGUUCAUCGGGACAUUGAGACGUUACUCUUUGUUGUGACAUAUCAUUUGAAUUCCACUACUAAUACCAUUGUAUUGCAUUGUCAGAACAUAAAUGAGCUCAAUUUAAUUUUUUUCGUUCACCCCCUUCAAACAACAAUUGCACUAGAAGAAUAGUUACGAGUGUACGAGUAUUGGUUAGUGUAACUGCGAAGUCCCAAGUAACCAUGUCACGGCAGCGGUACACGCGACCCGACGGACAGCUCGUAGUACAUAAGUAAGGUUACGCCAUGUUUGCCCAUGACUUGUAUCAUCCUCAACCAAAGGUUCCUACCAUUAUCUGCUUAUACAAUAUCGUUCGAAUGCUCUCUCGAUAGAGGAUAGCCUAAUGUGAUACAAAGUAAUGAAGUAAUAAUCACUUAAGUAUCGAGAUCUGUGUUUAUUUGGUACGGGGUAAUUGUGGAUGUGUAAAUGUACGCGGAAGGCUUCAUAAGCUUAAUUGUUUAGAUUUCUAUUGUUUAAACAUGUCCAUGUUGCUCAAUGUGUCCUCAAAUGGACUUGGUUUAGUUUAAGGUCGGAGGAGAGGGGUUUACUACGUAAAUUUAGCAAAAAUACUUAAUCUUAAUCAUAAUGCGUAUAACAUACGACCCUAGUAAUAUUCUCCAAAGCGGUUUAGGGUACUUAAUAGUUAGAAUAAUUCAAUUACUAGUCCUUGUAAUAUUAAUUGUAAUGAAACUUUACUAACGCCGGCCGUGACCAUUCUAUUUCUAUUCAUUGUUUACCAAAAAAUAAUAGAAACAAUUUUUUUGUCACUGUUACUCAAUUCGUUUGAUUAACGAACACUGAUAUACUAGUAAACAAAAAUAUUAUACUGAUUUCGUGUAAGCAGUAUCUAGCGACGGCUAGCGUUUAGUACAAGUUAAAGCUAAGGCACUAGAAUGAUUAGAUUAUUAAAUAAUUAACAUAAUAUAUGUAUGUUUAAGAUAAUCUUAGAUGUAAUAUUCUGUUAUUCGUAAUUUAUUUUGUUGAUAUUUGUAAAUCUACAUGUUGAUACUAUUUAUUAUGUGGAAGAGGAAUAAAAAUUGUUAAAUAUUAAUAAACCGAAAUGAAUCUCUUACAGCUGAGCAUGUGUAGUUAGCGCCAAGUAUCAUCCAAGUUACAAUUUCGCAUCAUCACGGAUGCCUCGGUCGGGCAGUCAAAAGCAUGAAUAAGGAUUAGCUAACUGUUAGUAUCAACCCAUGUUGCUUGGCACCAUCUCUAUGUUAGCAAUGUGAUUCGGCUCGAUAUAUUGAAUUAUAGACAUUAUAUAAGUAUAAACAUACCAAAUAUAACAUUAUAAGUAUGUAUACCAUGGUCUAGUGUAGGGUCCCUACUUGUCCCCUCAUAGUAAGACACUAUUAAGCCACUAGACGCGGAUAUUCACUUUUAAAAUGCCAUAUAGUGAGGCCAUCUUGCCGUAAUAUAGGACUUAAAAAUUAUAAAAAAAAAUGUUUAUUACCCUACAUAGUAUAUACAUAUCAUCAAACAAUUA